CUAGUACAUUUAGUCUCUACUUCCGGUGCCUAGAACGGAACAGUAAGCUAAUCAUCUCACUGCAUGGUUUCACUGACUUUUAUCUCUUACUUCUCACAGGGAAUCGAAGAGAAUGGAAAAGUUCUUCCAUGGUGUGGCUGUUCUGCUUCAUGCUGCCAACAAUGUUGCACACUUUAUCAAUGACUGGCUGUUCUACACAGAUGUCAAAGACAUGGGGACGGGCAUUGUAUACGGGGAGCCAGAUCAGGACGCAGUCAGGGCGCUCCUAGCUUUCAGCAUCAUUGGCACCCUCGCUUUCAUAUUUGAGAUCAUCAAACUUUUCUUGGAGUUCAUCAACGAACCAGAUGAAAGUUGGUUCUAUUCGGAUUCACUGUGUGCGUUGGUCAUCUGGCUUGUCGACAUCCCACAAAUGAUCAUCAGUUUUAGCUUGAUCUUGUGCCGGGAGGAGCCCAUCAGCGUGUUCCAGCUGGGCAAGGCUUGCGUCAUUAUAACAGGCAUCGUCGUCAGGAUCCUCGUCAGCUUGGCCACGUUCUACAACGACAAGCACAAUAAGAAGCACCAUCUCAAAUUUAAAGUCUGCUUCAUGCUGGGUAUGAUCACCGAGUUCUCCUUCGCCGUGACCAUCUUUGCCCUGAACCAGACGGAGCGCAACGAUUCGGGCACCACCAGUUUUCGGGUGCCCACUACCCUGCUGGACGACCAGUUCACUGACCAGCGCUACUUCGCCCACGUCAGCAUCUUUGCAAGUCACGCCCACUUCUUCAACCAGGAUCAACUAGACCCGGACAAGCAUGACUCUGUGGUCAACUGGAUAAGGCUGACCACCAUCAACAAACUCAGGUCCAGUCCGAACAAAGAGUUAGAAUUUAAGAUCCAGUUUGAGCAGGUCGCUAACGUCCUUAAAAUGGCCAUCUGGGAAAAACUUCCAUCCUGGACUUUGGUUGUUUGCUAUAUCGCCAACAUCUCCAUAGCGUCCAUACAAACUGUGACCAACACAACAUGUGCUGCUACAAACUAUUUCAACCACCCGGUCAACGCCUUCAUCAAGUUCAGGUAUGAAGAACCUUCCAGCAUGUUCAAGAAGAAUGUCCUUGGGGAAAUAUACGUUAACAUGAAGCUGAACCAGAGCGGCCAGUGCACACCGUACAGCGACUACAGGUCCACCAUCCAGGACAGUCUGACGGACCAAGUCAACAUGACCUUGCAUUACUACCGCACCAACCUGUCCCUUCUCCCAACAGACGCCAACCACAUGAAGCACAACGGUACAGAAGAUGUUGCCUUCUUCAGAAACACAGAGUCAGACAUGACUGAUGUCCUUCAAAUCUGGAAGACUGGGUGGGAAGAAUGCAAGGCCACGGGUCACAUAGCGCCAGUGUUAGACCCAGCAAUGAAACUCAAUUGCUCCAUGACUUAGGGCCCCUGCACCUGUUAAUGAGAAAUCUUUGUUUCCCAUGAUGCCUAGUUCGCACACGUGGAAUUUGUUGGCUACACCAAAAAGAUUGACUGGUCAACAUUAUUAGUGAAACAAAAUCUCAAGUUUUUGUACACUAUUUCACUAACAGAAGUAUCUCGUCAUUAUAUUUACGUAAUAAUCUAGAUCACAAGUUAUCAAACGAGACGGAAAACUUAAAAAAGAAAAAUCAAGAUUACAAAGAGAGUUUGUGUUAUCACACAAACUCAGAGGCGGCCCCCGUCGGAUCCGCCAAUUCGCAAGGAAUAUUCAAGACGUGAUUUUAUUUUGAUUGUUAAAAGUAAU